AACCUUGGCCUUCCACCUAUUGACAUCCAGGAUUGGAUCCGGUUCGUAUGCCCUGAUGAGCCCUCCGCUGAUGCUCCCACUGUCUCAACCGAACCUCCCAUCGGAGGCAAAGUCCUGGACCCACAGAUUCCGGCCACCCCAGAUUUGACCUGAAGGAUCGUGACUCAUCUUUACAGUUUUUUUUGCCACUUUGUAUUGUGGGGCUAGCGCUCCCUCUGCAUUUUCUGCCUCCUCACAUCGGCUUUGGCUAAUCUAGGCUCCGCACUUAGGCACCGAUAUUGAGAUGCAACGUUAUUGUAAACUCAACUUCCGUCUGUCGCCAACACCGCCUAACAAAUUGCAGCAAAAUGAAAAGAAUUGCGGUUCCGGAAAUGAACAGCAGAGAGCAGUGUUUAUACGCAGCAUAUGUAUGUUGGAUGUACGGAAAGCAGGCUGGUACAUUUUCUUCAUAACGCACAUUGGCCAGAAGCAAAGUGACAGGAAUAUGGCGCUGUCCCGUAAAUCUCCACUGCUGCGCUCAGCCGUUCAGUUUCUGCGCGGUGUUUUUCUUCGACAAGGCGCUACUUCUUACUGUACUGCCACCAUUUCUGAAAGAGUGAAUGUAAAUGGCAUUAAUCUGCAUUAUCAGCGCACAGGAUGGGGAGAUCAUGCCGUUCUGCUGCUUCCUGGUGUUCUAGGAAGUGGUCAGACAGACUUUGGCCCUCAGCUCAAAUCUCUGGAUAAAGAAGCAUUUACAAUCAUUGCGUGGGAUCCUCGGGGAUAUGGCUACUCCGUUCCACCAAGCCGGGACUAUCCCUUACAUUUCUUUGAAAGAGAUGCAAAAGAUGCUGUGGAUCUGAUGCAGGCACUUAACUUCAAGAAAUUUUCUUUGUUAGGAUGGAGUGAUGGUGGUGUAACUGCUCUCAUUGGGGCAGGCACUUACCCAUCCCUCAUCAGAAAGCUUGUUGUUUGGGGAGCAAAUGCAUCUGUAACAGAAGAAGACUUAAAGCUUUAUAAUGCUAUAAAGGAUGUAUCAAACUGGAGUGAGAAGAUGAGAAAGCCUAUGGAGGAUCUUUAUGGAAAGGAGUAUUUUGCUGAUACAUUUAAAGCAUGGUGUGAGGCAAUGUGUAAGCUUGCCAGCAGAACUGAUGGUAAUAUUUGCCGACAUUUACUUCCUUUGAUCAAUUGCCCAACACUGAUUAUACAUGGGGAGAAAGAUCCAAUGGUCCCGUCCUUUCAUCCACAGUAUAUUCAUCAACAGAUCAAAGGUUCCAGACUUCAUCUGAUGUCAGAAGGGAAGCACAAUCUUCACUUACGAUAUGCAGAAGAAUUUAAUGGACUUGUAGAAGAUUUUCUUUGUGAAAAAUAGCUUUUUUCCCAUAUUACCUGUAAGAGCAAUCUACUUAAGUGCACCAAACGACUUCAUAUUUAACAAAAUAUGUUUUUGAAUUUUACUUUUUAUCAAUUCCAACUGAAUGCGAAAAUAAUCUGGAUGUAUGCAGAGGCUACAUGAAAAGCCUUCGGGUAUUGUCACAAUGUGUUUUAAUUCUACAUUUCCUCUGGAAAAUCACCUGGCACGGAACACUGUUAUCUCCCAAGAACACUAUAAAGUAUUAGUUAUGGCCAAACAACAGAUUGUUUUGUUUAUGUAGUGCCAGUGAUAUAAUGUAAAAUGUUAUGCUUAUUCAUAAAAGAGAAUCUUUAACCUUUAA